AUGAAGGUCGCCGCCUCCGCGCUCCUUGUUGGAGCCGCCUCUGCCGCUGUCACUCCGCAACAGCAAGUCUUCAAGCUGCCUGAACAGCUGAAGCACCUCAACACAGACUCAUGGGCGAAGCCUCUUCAGAACCUGGAGGAGUCGCUCAAGUCGCUCACUGGCGAGGCCCGCCGUGUCUGGGAUGAGGUAGCACUCAUGUUCCCGGAGGCAUUCGACAAGGCAUCGUUUCUCUCCAUGCCCAAGCCGCACACGCGCCGCGAGGACAGCGAGUGGGACCACAUCGUCAAGGGCGCCGACGUCCAGAGCGUGUGGGUCGAGAACGCCCAAGGCGACAAGGAGCGUGAGAUCGACGGUAAGCUCGAGAACUUCGACCUGCGUGUGAAGAAGGUCGACCCGAGUGUUCUGGGCGUCGACAAGGUCAAGCAGUACAGUGGCUAUCUUGACGACAACGAGGAGGACAAGCAUCUCUUCUACUGGUUUUUUGAGUCCCGCAAUGACCCGGAGAAUGACCCUGUCGUGCUGUGGCUCAAUGGUGGCCCCGGCUGCUCGUCACUCAUGGGUCUCUUUAUGGAGCUCGGUCCCUCGUCUGUCCAGAAGGACGGCAAGGUCAAGUUCAACGACUUCUCGUGGAACGCGAACGCCUCUGUCAUCUUCAUUGAUCAGCCCGUCAAUGUCGGCUACUCCUAUAGCAGUGGCUCGGUCAGCAAUACGGUCGCUGCCGGCAAGGAUAUCUAUGCUCUGCUCACCCUCUUCUUCAAGCAGUUCCCCGAGUACUCCAAACAGAGCUUCCACAUCUCAGGCGAAUCCUAUGCUGGACACUACAUCCCCGUCUUCGCAUCCGAAAUUCUUUCUCACAAGAAGCGCAACAUCAACCUGCAGUCUGUUCUUAUCGGCAAUGGUCUUACUGAUGGUCUGACUCAGUACGAGUACUACCGCCCUAUGGCCUGCGGUGAGGGCGGCUGGCCUGCUGUUCUCGAUGAGAGCCAGUGCCAGUCUAUGGACAACGCUUAUCCGCGUUGUGCCAGCCUCAUUGAGAACUGCUACAACUCUGAGUCCGUGUGGAGCUGCGUGCCCGCCUCAAUCUACUGUAACAAUGCCAUGAUCGGCCCGUACCAGCGCACUGGCCAGAACGUUUACGACGUCCGCCGUCCUUGCGGCGACAACGAUCUCUGCUAUGAUGAGAUUGAUUGGAUCAGCUCCUACCUCAACAAGAAGGAGGUCAUGAAGGCCGUCGGUGCCGAGGUCAACUCCUAUGACAGCUGCAACUUCAACAUUAACCGUGACUUCCUUCUCCAGGGUGACUGGAUGAAGCCCUACCACCGCGUCGUGCCCGGCAUCCUUGAGCAGAUCCCAGUCCUUGUGUACGCUGGCGACGCCGACUACAUCUGCAACUGGCUCGGUAACAAAGCUUGGACUGAGGCUCUCGAGUGGCCUGGACAGAAGGACUACGCUAAGGCCGAGCUCAAAGAUCUCAAGCUUGGUGGUGAUGGCAAGAAGAUUGGCCAGGUUAAGUCGAGUGGCAAUUUCACCUUCAUGAGGCUCCACGCUGGUGGACACAUGGUGCCGUACGAUCAGCCCGAAGCGUCCGCUGACAUGCUGACUAGGUGGCUGUCUGGUGAGUUCUGGGCGUAG